AUGGCGAUGCUGACCACUCUUUUGCUUCUCAGCGCUAUCUUUGCUCUGGGAGAUGCAAGGGGUAGCAGAGAGCGUCAUCGCAGAGUCUGCCCACAUGGCUGGCACAGAUAUAGGACACGCUGCUAUCACUACGUCCCCCUCGUGACCACAUGGCCAAAGGCAGAGAGGAAAUGUUUGCUCUUGGGAGGUAAUCUGGCAUCAGUGCACAGCCUUCCCCAGUAUCAUUUUCUUCAGUCUGUCAUCAAGAACAGUGCCAAGAAAGCCCAGCGCACCUGGAUUGGAGCCAACGAUGCCGUCAUGGAGGGUCUUUGGCUGUGGAGUGAUGGGUCCAGUUUUAACUACCAGAACUGGGCCCCGGGGCAACCCUCAACCAGCACAAAGGGCUGGGAGGAUUGCAUGGAGAUGAACUACGGAGCAUCCCACCGCCAGAAUGAUGCCCCCUGCUGGUUUAAACUUCCCUUCCUGUGUUCCAGAAAGCGGUGAUGGCUACAUUUUAGGAGAGAAUACA